AUAGUUAUCGAUAAGUGAUUGACCGUUUAGCGUGCAUUCUGGCAACGCUGCUGUGGCCAUAUCGGCGUUUUUGUUUAUAUUGUUUGUUGGCAAUUUCCAUUCAACGAACGCUGACGAACAGGACAUAAACGAUCUUCAACUAAGCAAUGUCACUGCCCACGGAAUUAAGCAUAGCAACAUUGACAACCAAAGUAUAAAAUAUAGUGACUGCUUAAAAUGGCGUUUCUGGCCGACUGUGUUAUCGUGUUCGUCUCGCAGAUGCUCUUCUUUGCCGGCGGCUGGCUAUUCUUUAAUAAGCAACUAUUCAAGCACUAUGAGAUUCGUCACAUAUCCGUGCAGUUGAUUUUCUCCUCAACAUUUGCGCUGUCCAUAACAAUGUUUGAGCUCAUUAUAUUUGAGAUUAUUGGCGUACUGGAAUCAAGUUCUCGAUAUUUCCAUUGGCGUCUGGGUCUGACGCUUCUGCUGUUCAUGGUUACUGCCGUGAUACCUGUAUACAUUUGUUACUCUGUGAUACACAGCAUUUCCUUCUUUUCCGACAGAUGGGUGCGCAUUUUGACAACUCUCUGUUGGUUCGUCUUCCUCUACGGCCUUUGGCGCAUUGGUGAACCCUUUCCGCUGCUCAGCGCCUCACAUGGCAUUUUCACCAUCGAACAGGGAGUGUCACGUAUUAGCGUUAUUGGUGUGACUGUCAUGGCCAUACUCUCCGGCUUUGGUGCUGUCAACUAUCCAUACACCAGCAUGACCUAUUUUAUCAAGCCCGUUUCACGCAAUGACAUCAUAUGCUUCGAGCGACGUUUGGCUCUCACUGUCGAUAUGUUGACGGCCAAGAAACGCCGUAUUGCCAUGGCCGUCUACAAUCACAAUAAACAGCAUCCCACAAAGCCAAGAAUUUGGGAUAUGCUGACGUCAGCAGUGCAUCGCACAACUAGCUCUGGAGAGGACAUUAAUCAGCUUAAGCAGGAAGUAUACGGGCUGGAAGAGCUACAACGAUCCGUCUUUCUCGAGCUGAACUCACUAAAAAACAUGGAGGAGCGUCAACGUUGGUCGCAAACACUGCAAGGAAAAUACUUUAAUGUUUUGGGACAUUUCUUCAGUGUCUAUUGCGUCUAUAAAAUAUUUAUGUGCUGUAUAAACAUAAUAUUCGAUCGCGUUGGCCGCAAGGAUCCAGUGACGCGCGGCUUAGAAAUCGCCGUGCACUGGUGUGGCUUUGAUAUAGACUUGGCAUUCUGGAAUCAACACGUUUCCUUUCUUCUGGUUGGUUGUAUUGUGGUUACAUCCAUACGAGGUCUGUUGCUAACACUAACAAAGUUCUUCUAUCGCAUUUCAUCCAGCAAGUCAAGCAACAUAAUUGUGCUGAUUUUGGGUCAAAUUAUGGGCAUGUAUUUUUGCUCCUCAGUUCUGCUGAUGCGCAUGAAUAUGCCAGCUGAGUAUCGUGUGAUUAUCACUGAAGUGCUUGGCAAUUUGCACUUCAACUUCUAUCAUCGUUGGUUCGAUGUCAUCUUUCUGGUCAGCGCCCUGACCACCAUAAUUGUAUUGUAUUUGUCCCGCAAACCUGUUCGCGUUGACGAUACUGAUUUGCACUAAACCAAAAGUGGGGAGAUCAUGACAAGGUAUGAUUAGCUAGGCACAAUUGAUUGAGAAUCAGUUAAGUACCCUAUUUAAUGCAAGCUUUAAGUUAUAAAGUUACAUACAUAUAUAUAAAUCCAAGUAUACGCCAGUGUGUAUACUAAGUAUCUUAAGAAUACAUAGCGCAAAAAUCAAAGUUAUAUCAACUUAAGUAAAUUGAAGCAACGAACUGUUUUAAUAUAUAAAAUAAUUAUAUUGUAUUUAAGGUUAUGUUCCAAGAUAAAAGCUUCCAAACAGCAUA